AUGAUAUUUUUAUUUUUAUUUAUCGUAGUAUUAAAUCCUGUUCGUACGUUGAACGUACAUUUGAUAUGUCAUUCGCAUGAUGAUGUGGGCUGGCUGAGUACAGUGGAUCAGUAUUAUACUGAACAAGUUCAAUAUAUCAUCGAUUCGGUCAUUUCUGCUCUCGAGGCAAAUCCAGAACGUAAGUUCAUUUAUGUUGAACAAGCUUUCUUUCAACGUUGGUGGCGUUCACAAUCCGAUGAAAGAAAAAACAUCACCCGUCGUCUUGUAGCAUCUGGUCAACUUGAAUUUGUCAAUGGUGGAUGGAGUAUGCAUGAUGAAGCAACUACACACUUUAUUGAUAUGAUUGAUCAAACAACAUUAGGACAUCGAUUUCUUCUCGAUGAAUUUGGAGUUGUUCCUCGAACAGGCUGGCAGAUCGAUCCAUUUGGACACAGUGCUACUCAAGCAGCUCUACUUACAAGUGAAGUGGGCUUCGCAGGUCUAUUUUUCGCUCGAAUUGAUGUAGCUGAUAAUGCUAUUCGUCGACAAAACAAAGCGCUGGAAUUUCUAUGGCAACCAUCGGCAUCGUUCGGUGCUUCGGCUCGAGUGUUUGCUGGAGCGUUUGCUAGUGGUAGUUAUGGUCCUCCUCCGGGACUCUGCUGGGAUAUUAAUUGUUGGUUAGAUACAGCUCAUCCUAUUCAGGAUGAUCCAACACUGGAAGAUUACAAUGUACCAGAACGCAUCGAAACCGCUGUACGAACUGCCAAAGAUUUAGCAUCAUUACAUCUUGGAGACGACAUUAUGUUCACAUUAGGUAAUGACUUUGAAUAUCGAGCGGCCAAUGAAUGGUUUAAAAACUUAGAUAAACUUAUUCGACUGGUUAAUGCCGAUGGACGUAUUAAGAUGUUCUAUUCAACGCCAACUCAAUAUUUACAAUCCAAACUGCAAUCGGGAGUAUCGUGGCCAGUGAAAACCGAUGACUUUUUUCCAUAUGCUGACGGACCGCAUUCCUAUUGGACAGGCUUUUAUACAUCAAGACCAGCUCUAAAGCAUUAUAUUCGAUUAAAUUCAGCUCUCUUACAAGUUGCCCGUCAGACUGAAGUGUGGGCAAAAUGUAAUGGCAAUGGUACUAUGCUAUUAUGGGAUGCCAUUGCCACUGCUCAACAUCAUGAUGCUAUCACUGGAACUGAACUACAGCCGGUAGCAUUUGAUUAUGCGUUGCGCAUUGCACGGGGUGCAGCACAAGCAGCUAACACCAUUCACACAGCAUUAGCUCAGAUUAUUACUCAACCCGGUGGUUUACACCCGUCAUUUACUUAUUGUCCUCUAUCGAAUGUGUCCAUAUGUCCAUCUUCGCAAGCAUUCAACUUUAAUACUAGUCUUCUAGUUAUACUUAUUUAUAAUCCCAUCGCACGAAAUCGUUCAGAACUUAUCCAUUUGCCAGUUAGUUCACUUACUCAUUGCCAUAUUCGAUCUUCAACUGGAUUUAUUCCAGUUCAAAUAACACCAGUAAUGGUGACAUCGGCAAUUAAUGUAUCAUUAGCAGCACCUUAUCGAUGCUCGUUUCUGGCGAGAGACAUUCCUCCGAUUGGUUAUGACACAUACUGGCUUACUAACCAAUCAACGGCGACUACUCUAUCUAAUCCAACACCGAUCAAGAGCACGAGUGAAGUAAUAUCGAUUACAAAUGAAUUUUGGAAUCUUCAAUUCAAUACGAGUACAGGAUUACUCUUCGCCGCUACUCAUAUACCUUCAAACAAAACGAUCGACAUCUCACAAGAAUUUCUUUACUAUCCAUCCAGUGAUGACGGUAACCCUUACGUAUUUCGGCCAUUAGAACAAAUACCACGCCCUAUAUCAUCAUAUGCACGAUUAGAAGUAGUGUCUGGCUUAUUAUAUGCUGAAGUUCGGCAGUACAUUACUGAAUGGAUUAGUAGUAGUGUGCGUCUCACACGGAACUCAUCUGUCAUAGAGUUCGAUUACACUGUUGGUCCAAUACCGAUCGCAGAUAGUUUAGGCAAAGAGAUCAUUACUCGUUUCAAUACAAGUAUUCGAAAUCAAGGUGUGUUUUUCACCGAUAGUAAUGGUCGUGAAUUUCAACGGCGCCAAAGAGAUUAUCGUCCCACAUGGAAUUAUACAGUGACAGAACCUGUUAGUGGCAAUUACUAUCCGAUGACAACAGCAGUACGUAUUGAAGAUGAUGAAAUGAGUUUCGCAGUGUUAACAGAUCGACCACAAGGUGUCAGUAGUAUGACCGAUGGAUCCAUCGAAAUCUGUUUACAUCGACGAACACUCAAAGGUCCAAUGCCACUCAACGAGACAGGCGAUGAUGGACGAGGGUUAGUCAUAACUGGACGUCACUAUAUACUGUUAAAUCCUCUUCAAUCGCAAUCCGAUGCUAUACGUUCAGUUCAAAGUCAAGUCUAUGCAUCAUCUUUUGUGUCAUUAGCUCCAAUGGAAACCACUAUUGACGAUUACGUUGCUACACAUAGCACACGAGAUACCUAUUUGAAAGCACCACUACCUGACAAUAUUGACUUGAUUACAUUUACUAUUUACAACAAAAGUGAAAGUACACUUCUGAUUCGACUUGCACAUCUAUUUGCUGCAAAUGAUCAGUCUAGUUUAGCUCAGCCUGUCACUAUCGAUAUAACACAAUUAUUCAAACUUGAUUUAACAUCGAUAAAAGAAGUGAGUUUAACGGCCAACCAACCAAUUGAGAACGUACGAAAGAUUCAAUGGCAGUUGAAAAAUAUGACCGACAACAUCGACGAUAGCACGCAACGCAGCGUAUUCAACGGUACUUUCAUAACUAUCACACCAAUGCAAAUUCGUACUUUUAUAAUUGUUUUACAAUAA